AUGUACCGAAUAUCUCAACUGAUGUUAACACCAGUGGCAAGUUCUUCUGGCUCUGAGAGAAGAUAUACUGGAGAGCCAUCUUCCACAUGUGUUUUCCCAAGUUUUGCCUGUGAUUUCCUAGAUGGUGACGCUUCCUUCGAAUGCUGCUCUGUAGAUCUCCUGACAGCCUCCCACUUUGCCUGUCGCCGAAGUCCCAGACUCCUCUCCAAUGGCUACUACACUUGGACAGAAGACAGUUUCCUUUGUGACAAAGAUGGCAACAUAACUCUGAGCCCACCCCAGACCAGUGUCCUUUACAAGGAGAAUUUAGUUAGAAUAUUUAGAAAGAAAAAGAGAAUCCGCCGUUCCUUUCCUAAUCUCUUCAACCUCGGUGCCUCUAAAUCCUGGCUGCAUGGAAACAUCUUUGGUGAUGUUGACUCUUCCCUAAGUGAGGACACCUGGUUAGAGGGGGUCAGGAGGCUGGACAUGUACCAUUUCAAUGAAGUCGAAACCAGUUUGUGGCGAGAGGUCUCCUUUCCAGCAAUUCUGCUGGCUGUGUGCUUCAUCAUCUGUGCAUGUGCAAGAUGGUUUCUGGGAGGAAUAUUAGCCAGUGUCUUCACAUGCUCAUUGAUGAUAACUAUUGCCUACACUGUCAAGUCGUUAUUUCUUGGCCUUGCCAGCUAUGUCAAAGCCACCAUCUAUGCUCAGUGCCAAGGUUGCCAUGCCAAGGCCUUGAGAUUUCAGAGUCUAAAGAGAUAUGUAAAGGGCAAGGUGAAGUCGCAUUUAGUAUGGAAACGUAGCCUGCAGUUCAAUGUUGUCCUGUUUGAUAGUCCCCAGCUAGACACCUGUGUGGAGAAAAUUGUCUUUGCUUAA